UACUACGAUCAUCUAUCUUUACAAAAUGAGUUUGUGAUAAAAUAUGCUCCUGCAUCUGAAACUACGUUUACUCAUCAACCUGAAAUAACGCCUACCAAUAAAUCUGAAACAACGUCUACUCGUCAACCUGAAACAACGUCUACUCAUCAAAUUGGAACAACUUCUACUAAUGAAUCUAAAACAGUGUCUACUUAUAAGUCCGAAACAACGUCUACCAUUGCAAUAAAUAUAACAUCGUCUCCAUUACGAACAGGUAAAAUAGUUCUUUUGUUUUGGAGUAAAUUUUUUGGUGCUUCACCCGCAUCCUUUGAAGUAAACUUGCCAAAAGGUGACAAAGAAGGCGAAUGUCCUGUGGCCUGUGAGGUUACAUCAGACCAUCAGCGAGCUAAAGAAGCAAAUGGAUUUAUUGUACAUUCAAGAGAUCCAUAUCCUCUACCUCCAUCAAAAGAUGUUCCCUGGAUCCUAACGGGUAUGGAAAAUCCUGUUUAUACUCCUAUACUUUCUGACGGCAACUUUAUGUCACAGUUUCAAUUGUCGAGAAGCUAUCGACUUGAUUCUGAUUUUCCUACACCACUCUUCACAAAGCCAAAUUUAGAUCCACCGGUUCCGUUUGAGAAAAAAACGGGAGGAAUUAUUGCUACUCUUUCCAACUGCGAAGCUGUCAGGACAGCGUAUAUAAGACAUCUCAUGGAACAUGUUCAUGUCGAUUCCUAUGGUGGAUGUUUACAUAAUAAAGAUGGUAUAGUAGGACGCUGGGCACCAAACUUUAGAGAAGCAAAACAAGAUGUGGAAAAAUUAUACAAGUUUGUUAUUGUGUUUUUCAACCAAGAUUGUGAUUACUAUGUUGGAAAAAUUCUUAAUGCACUUAACGCAGGUGCAGUACCUGUGGUGAUGAGCACGGAUAAAAUUAAUGAUUUUGCCUGGAAAUCUGAAAAUGCCAUUAUCAAUGUCAGAGAUUUUAAGUCUCCCAAAGAAUUGGCGGAGCGACUUAAGUUUCUAAUGAACAACAAAACUGAGUAUAAUAAGUUCUUGGAAUGGAAAGUAAAAGGCUUAGGUCAUAUUAACGACACUGUGAUUGGAAGAUUUUGGGAAAGUAAAUUUAGACAAUGGUGUUAUGUGUGCCAGGGAGUAUCGGAUGGAAAAGGGCACAAAGAAGGUCUUAAACCUGACUUUUGUAAAACAAGAGAAUAUGAAGACUGGGGAAUUACACCGUUGUGACCUUGGUACACAUGACGGACUGGUCGCAAAGAUGAAUGAAAUUAUAGAAACAAUUUACUGCAUGUAAAUGAUAUGUACCGAGUUAGUAAGGAAUUAAAACGUUUGAUAUCUGCA